UGUAGGUGGUGAAAUGUGUUUAAGCUUAGACAGCACGGUGUGGAACAUAUUUAUUAUUGAUUAUAAUGCAAGACGUUCGCUUGUAAGUUCCUUACCCUGGGAUAGGGAACGCAUCCAAACCACGUUUGAAUUUUCCACACGCAGACAUCCUUCACCCUAUCGCCUACGUGGUAAUGAAAUCACCGAAAAAUCUCUCAAAAGAAUUGAAUUUGAUCCAGCUCUGCCAGUCUACGUCUUCUGCCAUGGGUACUUCACCUUUAAUACCAAUGAGAAAAUUUAUCAGGCGAUCAGAAAAAAUUUCCUGAAACACAUAAACUGUAAUUUCAUAUUCGUCGACUGGAGCAAAGGCAGCGUAAACGCAUAUUGGACUUCGACUGCCAAUUCACGAAUCGUUGGCGUAGAGCUCGCUCUGUUACUCGAGAAACUGAUCGAGUAUUUCAGAAUCGAAAAAUCCAAAAUUUAUCUAAUGGGACACAGCCUUGGCUCGCACAUCAUCGGCUACGCCGGACAGCGUGUGCCAGGUCUACAAAAGUUGUUAGCUCUUGAUCCGGCGGGUCCAUACUUUGAGAAGGGCCGACCUGAAAUCCGUAUAGAUCCUACUGACGGCGAAUUUGUUGAGGUAUGGCACACGGACGGCAGAAAAUUUCUGCCAGAAAUAAUCAAUGGUCUGGGCAUGUGGGACCCUGCUGGACAUGUGGACAUCUACGUCAAUGGAGGACUUUCGCAGCCAACGUGCGGGAGCCUGAAGCCUGCGUUGAUACUGUUUCAAACUUUUGGCGAAAAAAAUAUUUUUAAUCUCGGCAAGGACGUGAUCGUUUGCCCUCAUCAGUAUGUCCUUAAGCUUAUUGCGGCUAGUUUUUUCCCAACAAAAAACUGUGUUCCCGUUGCGUUCCAGUGUGCAAACUACAGCGGCUUCCUUGAAGGAAAGUAUUUCAGAAAAAUUUACCAGGGAAUCCGACAGAUGGGCUUUUCCGCGUAGGCCACUCUUUCGGCGAGGCACAAUAUUUUAACUUAUCAUUCGGGCGAGGUUCAAGACAGUCGAGUCCAUUGAAUAGCACAGACCAUGACAUCGACUAGGAGUUGAAUCAUGAUGGGAUUAAACGAGGCAGUGACGCAUGCCAUAAAAAUGGACUAAAUAUACGAGUACGACCAGAUGCAGGCUCAGAUUGCCAUGCACACUUGAUAAUUAACUAGUCAUUGACUAUAUUAUUCGUGUCAAACAAUGAUAAAAUAUAAUUUUUCCUUUAUGAAACAGGACAGUGCACGGAUUGUGGAGACGAUACGUCUCGGUGCAUCAUCUUCGGCGAGGGAGGAGAACGUUACCGCAGUCUUAAGAACAGCCAUUCCUGGCCACGGAGAUUCUUCCUUCGUCUGGAUGCAGAGCAACCGUAUUGCAGUACGUACAAUAACACGUGCAAUUGCUAUACCACAUUCUCAUAGAUGGUAAAACAAAUUAAAAUUAGGUAAUUAUAUAAGAUGCUGCUUCACAACCAGAAUCAAGCGCAUCUCUCUCGCUCUUAGUAUGUAAAGUAUGUUUUAAAGAAAAAACCAGGCUCAGGAUUCGACAACUAUUGCUGCUUCCUCCUGAAUUUAGCGUUAUGUCAAAUUGCAUAUAAUAUAAUUAAAAAACUAGAAAAUAUCUAGUUAAUAUGUAUUUAAACGAAUGAGAAUGCAUUGUCUCCUGUUGUAAAACCUUAACGAUUUCUUAAAGUUAAAAAUUAUCUCUUAAAACUCGCAUCUUACCUCAAUUCGAAGACCACCACCGAUUACUAACUGAUUUUCGUUGGUAGUGCAUCACUACGAAAUGAUCAUCAAUUUAGCCGAAAGCGUCUCGCUGUUACAAAAAAACGGCAACCUAUUUGCGACGGUCGAAGACACACAAGGUGGCGUUAGCUCAUCUGUGCAAAUAAAGCUUGGGUAUGUUAAAAUGUUUUACUUUAAUGACAAUUGUGCAGAAAUUGCAUUUUCGAUUAGCUUUUCUAUGUUUCUGAUAAAAUUAGGCUCUUACCACCGAAUCCGGCGGACUUUGAAGAUGAACCACCUGGUGAGCUAUAAUGAUUAUUUUUUGUGUAUGUUAGAGGUACUUUUUCUUUUUUACACAGUUGUUCUAACGCCCUGGUAGCCUCUGGAUAGUCAAAUACCUACUAUGCGCGUUCCCGUAUGUAAUUUAUUUAUCUAUGGUUUUUUGAAAUCGAUAGUGAUCGAUAGUGGGUUAUGCUUGCCCAACAGUUGCCCUUUUUGGGGAAUGAAAAGGUCCGUAAUCACACGGAAUCAGAUUGGAAGAAUGAGCAAAUCGAAGCCAAUGUUGGAUAUUCCUUUGCUCAAUCCAGGAACAAAUAGAGACAUGGAGGUAAGAUCCGGCACUGACAUCAAAAAAUCAGAUCGCGUGCUUUUGGUUGCUCCGCUAAACGUCUAUGAGCCCUUUGAGGACGGCAUCAACGGUUUCACUUUCGGCGCACAUCUCAUAACAGCAGAUGCCCCUGAUGCCCAUACUACCGUUACAUUACGACCGAAUCUACUCGACACAUCCACCCAACUUGAUUCUUUUCUGGAGCCACGCCAUCCUCUUGCCUGGUUCCUCUCCGGCUGGCAGUAGAGGUUCAUUGUCGUCAAUGACGACAAUAUGUUGCAUAAGUUACGCAAAUUGCACGUGAAACACACCACAUGUCGCUGGCGUGGAAUUAAUUUACGGAGGAACCAUUUUUGUUCAGCUUUCGCAUAUUCAGCAUUUGAGCUACGAGUUUGUAAUAUGCUACAGGCAAAAUUCCAGUUUUGGCCGACAAACCCCCCGAAGCCGACAAGACUCGAAACUCGUCUUUCGUGAAAAGCUCUCCUUAUUGCAGUAAUACGUUCUUGUCCCUCGAGUCCUUUAAUCGGGCCACCUCUUAGCUAAUGUUCAACACUGCAAUCUCCGUUGUUAAAAUGUUUGCACCAUCUAUCUACUGUGCCGUCGCUUAGAGCCUUCUUGUUUAAUGGCUGUACUAAUCUUCGAUGAAGUUACGGUGUGGAAAAGUACGGUGGAACAAAAAUCUUGAUCACUGAGCGUUGAUUUUCGAGACUAAAAUAUAGUACCCUCUCUAAACAAAUUCCUCCUGGAGUAAACUCAACCUAUUUUCACCUACAAAUUUCUAGAAGACUAGAGUAUCUAGUUACCUUUCGUAGCUCAAAAGUGAACCAAUCUUAAAGUCCGUCGAGUUCGCUUAUAACCGUCUAGUAGUGUAUUACAGUAUAUAUACGACAAAACGUGGGCACUACCAACAAGUUUUAAUAUGGUAUAUAUAUACACACCCUAACAUUUGUUGACCAAAGAGCAUUCAAAGAGAACUUGUCCUCAUCUUCUUCCAUCUUGAAUAUAUAUAUAUAUAUAUAUAUAUUAUGAAGUGUGUCACAUAGUUCAUUGGAACUUAUCGAUUAUUACAAGAUUGAUGCAGGUAUGCAAAAGUUCGCAAAAAUUUCAGGAUUGCUCCAUAAGCCAUAAGCGCCCUAAUAACAUAUUUGAAAUAUACGUCGGCUCUAUUAAACCCGACGUGACCUUGAAUAGUAGGUUUACUUAAUACCAAUUAGUCUUGAAUUUGAAAUCAAACAAGCUCUACUUAAUUAUGAGUAACGGUCGUAUAGAACUGUAAAGCUGCUCUCAUGUUUUACUUUGCAAUUUAGGUUGAGCAACAGCGAGAGACGUCAAGUAUUCCUAUUGGUUGUACCUUCAUCAAUAUGUGCCGAUAUUAGUGUAGUUCGUCUCAAAUGGAUGCUUGAUUCAUCAUCUCCUUUAAUUAUUGAUCGUAGCCAUAAACCGCACAUAUCUCUCUUUUAUAUGAACAACAUCAUUCCCACAAGGUAAGAAGGAUAUACGAUUCACCCUUUCUUCCGCUAAAUCAGUGCCCUCUUAAAUUAGCUUCGAGACGGGACAUUGGUUCAAAAUUCACUUGUUCUAUGAGCUCCAAAUGUCCUCUAUUAGUUUCGUAUCAAACAUAUGUGAGGAUUAGAAUGCGAACCUUGGCGUUCGGGUCGUGUUAAUUUUUGUAAGGGUUAUAAUGAACUACUCGCAAUUAAAAAAAAACUCGGAAGACGAUAACAUCUCAGGCUGUUUCUGUAUCAAAUAUUCUCUCAGCCACUGCCUUGUCUCUCGCAAAAUCGAUUUCUUUUUUUUCUUACGCUUCAGAGAAGGUUCGCAUUUAUUGUGGUAGUGUCAGUUAUGAUCGAAUUUACCGGUAAAUAUGAUUUCACACGCUAAACAUUAAUUUUCACAACCUUGGUAAAGACGGUGGGCAAUGCAAAAUCCAAAUUUAUCCGUUGUCACACCUAAGCUGAUGAGCGCAAGUUAGUUCAGUGACGGCUUUCUCUAAUACAGCAACGGUUCUUGCUUCUUGCGACAAAGUGGAGAACUUUUUGUAAAUCUAAAGUUAUCUAACUUUCUUAAUUUAUUUACACUUUAUGUCGAUGACGAAGCUUGAAGAUUAUUAAACUUAUAACAAAGAUGCCUCUGAUCCGAUGAAGGCAGCUGAGAUGUUGGGAACACUAGGAAAUUGAAACACAGUUCUACACAUCGAAUACACUAAAUACAUAUACAUACAUAUAUAUAAGAGUAGACUAAUGCUUACAUUGUUAUUUGCAGGGAGAAGUCGCGACACAUAAAAAUGUUCUGUGGGGAAAACACCGUGUUGAACCCGAACGAGGAGCAAAGAUUCUUUCCGUGUUAAUAACACACGCAAGACGUAUUCUUAACUAUAAACAUUGUAGUAGUGGCUUUACUUUAAAGAAAUUAGUCUCAAAUAGAAAUUCAAUCAAAGAGAGAAGCAGAAGUAAUACAAACCUAUAAACCUCGCGUGCAAGUUAAGCGAGCGAUGCUAAAUUGCCCACUUGACUUUAAUACUUACUAGGGGACUCAGUGUACUUCCGUGCGAUAGCCAUCUACAUACGUCCUUGCUUGGGUUUGUUUGCAUAGAGUUUAUCCUUUAGUAGAAUUCCCUAUCUUUACAUAGCGUUUCAUGCAUGCAUAAUUACUUCUAUAGUGAAUCGUGUGAAAGUUGUCAUCACAGAGAUUUACGUGGAAUUUGAUUUGACUGGUCAGUAUAUUGUACAUCUACACCAAGUUAUAUAUGUUUAAUUCAAGCAAUUUCAGUGCUAGCCGUAUGUAAGAAUUUGAUAAUUUAUUUAGAUUUACGUCCAGAACCUGACGAGCCUUGUUGGAGUGUGGCCUAUGUGUCUACGAAGCUCGAAGGAAGCCUUCAACAACAACUUCCCACCUUAUAAGUUAUGCUCCAUUGACUGUACUACCUGAAUUAACAACGCAUUACCCGAACGUUGUAUCUUUAUCCGCAAGACGGACUACACAACCGAAAUUCGCUCCACAUGCAGUGUUGCGUGCAUCAGAGUCUAAUCGCACUCAGUGUGAUUCCAGAUCUCGUUCCCACAGGAACUCAUUACAAUAGCCCCCGUCCCACCCCUCAUCGAGCGACUCCCAUCAUCAGAACAGAAUUUUUUUGACGUAUGUUGAUUAGAUAUUGGCUGGCGAUCUGCCACCAUCUACAACUUCUCGGGAGCAAAGUGAACGGAUUGAAGAGGCCUCAAAAGCUUGAAACUAAGCUAACGCCUUCUUGCGUUUUAGAAUAAGCCCGAUCCAUGUGCGUCGUGAGGACAUAUUCAACAUAUCGGUUUAUGGCCCAUCCAUGCGGUGCCUUAACUAUUCUUGUUUUGUAUCGUAUUGUCUUGGCAAUAGCGUACGGCACGAAAUUGAGGGUACGAUGUAAUAUAAUCUGUAUUUCAGUUGUGUUAUAUAUAUACAUCACGCAGUUAAAGUGUCAUCAUUGUUACUCUAGAGUGAAAUCGGAGUCUCCAAUUAGCUCAUAUGAAAAACAGGCGCUUUCUACCAGUACUGAUUCGGCCAUUGUUAAUUGGAUCGUAAUCGGUUGACGGUGCUCCAAUCAAUCCCGUGCAGAGCGAGCCAGCUACUUCUCCGCAAAUCGGGCAAGAUUCCGUUACCAAGGCGUAUGGAUUUUUCUUCCAAUCAUGUAAGUUAUUCGAGCUAAACAAGCAAACUAGCACAAGUAACGCGCCUUUUUGUCAUGUUCAAUAGACUAUACUGUUACACGAUCAUCUUGGUGUAGUGCUUGGAUUAAUUUAUGUAGCUUCAACAGUUCGCUCCCUACUCCCGUCACCUCCGAUCGAGAUGUCAGUUGCACUGAUGCCUAUUUAAUGACACCCUAGCGAGCAAAAAAUCUUCAAAUACUCAUAAUCAUCUAUGUAUAUACGUGACUGCCUGCUUGGCUCCGUGACGGGUUGUCGCCAAUUAUUCCCUAUAAAUAGACGGCGGCCUGACAGCCAAUGACGCGUUGCCUGAACCUGCUUGGAAACAGUGAACUGAAAUUAUGUUUAUAAACAUUCAAGCAUAACUGAAGGCUAUACAUAAGGUCGUUGUUAAUAAUUUACCACGUGGAUAGAUAGUUUAAAUUGUUUGUUAGUUACUCUGUCAUUGCUUAAUAAUAUGGUUAAUGUAUAAAAUUAUCACAAGUAUUUUGUUUGUAAUUGACCCGCUUUAGCUUUAUCACAGUAGCUCGCUACUAUUUACGAGACUGCAGCCAGGCUUCGUUUGGAGAAACGAAAUUUUUGCGGUUAUGUUUGUAAGUACGGUGUAGUGUUAGGUUUAUACGACCGGUGUAUUCCGACCAUUGCUUGACGAUCAGAGCAGUCAGAUACAGCCUUAGGUCUUUUCACUACAGAGUCGUUGUGGGGCGCAAGCUCACCGUUGCACCUAACGGUAUGAUGGAGGAAUCGAGAAGUUCAGAGUUCCGUCCUAUAACCUAUGUAUGAUAUUGUCGGCUUGAUAUUGGCCGAUAUUGACAGCAGGAUUCCUAGCACUAAAGUGAACAUUAGACGACG